UUGAUCCUUUGACAAUGGAUCAUGUAGCUAGCACAGAAUCGGAGUGGAUUUGUUGACAGUAUUACUUCCUCGAUCAAUUCUUACUUAUUUUCUUACGAGAAAGAGACCUAAGAAAUCCCAUUGUAGACUGGUAUAUUUAGAAACUAAUUACCAAGUCAUUUUGUUCUAGAAAUGACUCAAAACAUCCAUUACUGUUGUUAAAAGGGAUGGUCUUUCAGUUGAAAUCUAGCACAGCAAGCUCACAAAGAGAUGUUCCACUGAGGAGUUGUACAUGGAUUUCAAUAACUGCGGACGGGUAGUUUGACAAAAUAUCUGUCAGCAACUGUAGGACCUGGCUCCAACUUUACAGAUGAAGAAUGAGAUGGGAUAAAGGUUUUGCUUUGUUCAACUUGCAUUAACACCUCUAGCUUAUCCAUCUCGUUUCUCAGAAUACAGGAAAAUGAAUUUAAGUAUUUUUACCGUAGUCCUAAUUCUGACCUGUGGAGGAUUAGGCAGUUGUGACACUUGCUUCAACACAACUUCUGUUGUGGAGGUAGAUGCGCAUAUGGAACAUUAUGUAUUUAGGAAAGUAAGGUCAUCGUCCCUCUAUUCCUGUGCAUCAGAAUGUCUGAUGUCUUCAGUCUGCAUGUCCUUCAACUUUGAAACCAGGAUCCACAUCUGUGAACUCAACAGCAACAGCAGUGACCAGGUUGCCGUCACAACGCGGCCAGGUUUUCUCUUCAGUGACAUCAACCACUGGCCUAAGUCACUCGCUGGGGCCUGUUCGGAGACGCCUUGUCCACUGUCCAGAUGUCAUGUAGAUCGACUCGGCCAUGCAUCAUGCGAGACAGAGUUUCAAGGCUGUGAUGCACCACCUACUGUUGCCAAUGCUGAGAUGCAUUAUGACGGAGUGUACGAAGGAGCAGUUGCAGUAUACACUUGCAAGGACGACUUCAAGAUGUGCACACCUAGCAAUAGCAGAGUUUGCCAGUUCGCAGGAAAUUGGAACGGUUCUGUUGGCCCGUGCUCACAGUACAGCUGGGACAACCCGGUGAUUGACUUCGAGCUGGAAUUGCCUUGUGGGCAUUCAAGGAGCUUCAAAGUAGCCCUGAACGUCACGCCAACGGCCGUUAAAAAAGUACAUAUGGAUUUUUUCGGAGGGGGAAAUAUUCUGUGUCAUAUUGACUUCCGACUGGAUUACGACACGCUAGUAUUCAGCUCACGCUUCGCCGGUGUUUGGGGAGAAGGGGUUACACUAACGCCGGUCCCAAUGGAAAUGGGUAUCGAGUCUCUGGUUGAGAUACGACUGGACAAAGGCGUGUACAUGCUAGCUGUCGAUGGAUCAAGCAUACACAACUUCACAGACAGAUACCCGGAUGAGAUUCUAGAACACCUCAAAAUCAGCGGUGACGGCCACGUCACAGCCGCGCUCAUCACCAUGUGACGUUGUUGUCUGUAUCAAUUGACUCUCUGUAUCAAUCUCUGCAAAGUGAAAACAUCUCACAGCAGGGGUAAAAAAUUGUUUGGUGUCUCAUAUUAAACACAACGUGUUAGGUGCAAUUGAGCAUGUUUUUUCUGUGAAGAUUUCAAGAGCAUGGUAAAUCGUUCAAAGUGUUUUAUAGUUGUCGUGUGAGUUGGGUUUAACGCCGCUUUUAACAGUAUUCCAGUUAUAUCGCGGCGUGUCAGCUUAAUGUGGGAG